AUGACAGGCUUUUCUAAAGUUGCUGUCUAUCGACAAGAACUACCACCUCGUGGUGGCUUUACGCCUAUACCAUGGACACGCGUUCCUUCACGUCGUAUUCCGUUAUGGCCAUUUGUUUCUCUAUGGUUAGCAUCGAACAUAUUCGGAUAUUUUUAUCACCUAUCCGAAAAACGCGAAUAUUGGAAAAAUGAAAUGGAAAUGGAUGAAAGUCGUUCAUGUAUAGAACCUGUUCUAUUAGCUGAGCAGGAUCGUAUCACGCUACGACAAUACCGUGCUAAUCGUGACGAAGAAGCCAAAUUGAUGAGUGAUGUUCCGGGAUGGGAAGUUGGUACUUGGUUUGGCAGCAAAAUCUUCAAAUCGCGCACCUAUUUCCCGGAUCGACCACAUGUACUUGAUUAUUAUGGACUCGCUCGUCCAUCAAGUCAACGUUUAGAUAUUAAUGCCGGUCAAUGGCAGAUUUAA